UUCAACAAUAGGUAUCGCAGAGGAUUCAUUAAAUGUACUAUAUUUAAUAAAAUAUAAAAUCUCAUAAAUAAUACAUCGAAUAUGAUGUCGCUGAAUUUGUUAAAAAUCUGCGCUUUGCUGCUGAUUUCCCUAGCAAGUUUUCAACACAGUGCUGGCCAACAAACCGUUUGCGGUCCUGCGUUGGAUUCUGUACUCGAUACCAUUUGCGAAAAUGGUUUCAACACAAAAUUCAAGAAGUCUAUGGAGUGGGAUCACCAUGGCAAUAAUGAGCUGGAAGAUGAGCUGCCCUUCCGCUUUGCUGCUUCACCUUUCUUAGCUAAUUUUCAUAGUGGCCAAGUCGACACAUUAGCUAAGACCCGUCGUCGCCGUGAGGGUGUAUAUGACGAAUGUUGCCGCAAGUCUUGUACCUACAGCGAGUUAUUCUCAUACUGCAAAUAAGUUGUCAAUGUGUUUCUAUACAAAUAAUGUUGCCGGUUUUGCGAUUAUGAAGGAGGUUGGAGUAGAAAGGGCGACAGAGCGUAAAUAGGACGCCCUUUUUGCAAAUGUGAUACAAAAGUUACAUAUUUAACUUUAGCAGAAAUAUUAUUAAUACUUAGCAUUUAUAUAUAUAUGUAUAUAUGUAUAUGUUUUAUAGAGAAUUGUAUUUAUAAAAUCAUAAAGAUUGAUUUUAUGCCUGUUACUGGAAUUGCUAAAAAAUAUUUCAA